CAAACACAACGUCAUCGCAGGGAAACCUGGCGCGCGUGAACCUUGUCCAAUACGCGCUCCAUCUCACCACACUUCAUCGUGCACACUCCGAGAUUAGUCGCAGAAAUCACUCCUACGAACGACUAUGAUUCGGUAACAGUACAUUACUUGGUGAGCCAGGCGGCUUCAACGCAUCACGAUGCUGGCGCGCAGAGGGCUACAUCGAGCAGCUGCUCCCUUGCUCAGAUCUUCGCCCAGUCCGAACACACAUCUAUUGGCGUCGCGCAUCUCGAGACGAUGUGUAACAGGAGAAGCUGGAGAUAACAAUACUGGCCAUAUCUCGACCAACUCGCAAGAGGGCAUUCUAUUCUUCAACAGCAUCUUACCGUCAAAUUUACAAUGGUUCUUUCGACUCACAUCUGCCAUUCCGACAGGACGGAAAACUCCAAAGAUCUUGGACCCGUCAAGCAGUAACUACGGUGUCGUCAAUCCCGCUUCUGCCUUUCAGAAGGCUUUGAAAGCGGAGAACAUCGCAGGCAAAGCAGACGUUGUGGAAAUCUUGCCUCGGUAUGGAGAGGGUGCUGCGUUUUUGAAGUUCAGCCACGACGGCACGAGUGAUUCGAAGACAAUCUCAGAGGCGGUCAAGAAGUAUCUCAAUGAAAAUACUGCGCGACCUUGGUGGAAUCCUUUCAUGACUGUACAAGUUGGUCGUGUCCUGGGCAAGCCUUGGGUUGAGGAUCUUUCGCGACGUCCUUCUUCGAGGCUGAGGGUCGAAUUUCUGCCGACUGAACCUGGUGCUAGCGCGGCUGAGCUUACACAAGAGCAGCUUUACAGCUUCUUCAGGCCGUUUGGAAAGCUCUCCGAGAUUCUCGUGCAACCCUCGGACUCGAAAGUGCUGCCCAAGUAUGCUUAUCUGGAUUUUGAAAGCUAUCGCAAAGCUGUCAUGGCGAAGAAUUGUAUGCAUGGUUACCUCGUCAACGAUUCUGAAGGAGGCGGAAAGACUGGGACAUUGCUUCGCUUGACCUACGAAAAGAGGCAGCGUGCAGGCUGGAUCAAGGAUUGGAUCAUGAACCACCCUCGCAUCGUUAUACCACUCCUGGUCGCGUUAAUUGCCGGUAUAUCAGCUGUAAUCUUUGAUCCGAUCCGGACGAUUGCCAUCAAAGCCCACAUUACGCGUGCAUUCCACAUUGAGGACAAUUGGAUCUUUGCCUGGCUCAUCAAGCAGAGUGAAGACUUGGUCAAUAAAGUCAAGUCGCUUGGACGGGAUCUAGAUGUCAAUGACGGUGGCAUGGCUGUUGUGUGGGAGGACAGACAGAAAGAGAUUGAGCAGAUUCAAUCCUGGUUGAUGGAAAGUACAGAUACUUUCAUUGUUGUGCAAGGUCCUCGCGGCAGCGGCAAGCGUGAGCUAGUGCUUGACCAUGCGUUGAAGCACAAGCGAGAGAACAACCGGGUCCUGACUAUUGAUUGCAAGCCGCUGCAGGAAGCAAGAGGAGAUGCUGCGACCAUCGCGGCGGCUGCGAAUCAAGUUGGGUAUAAGCCAGUGUUCAGUUGGAUCAACAACAUCAGCGGCCUGGUCGAUCUGGCAGCGCAGGGUAUGACAGGAUCCAAAGCUGGCUUCUCCGAGACCCUCGAAAAUCAGCUUGUCAAGAUUUGGACCAAGACGACUGCUGCUUUGAAGGGCAUUGCUCUCGAAGGUCGCAAGAAAGACGACAAGGAUGCAAAACUCUCAGACGAUGAGUACCUUGAGGGCCAUCCGGAGAGACGACCUGUUGUCGUGAUCGAGAACUUCUUGCACAAAGGUUCGGAAUCGGGUGCAGCUUUGAUUUAUGACAAGCUUGCAGAAUGGGCUGCGACACUCUCGACCUCCAAUAUUGCCCACGUCAUCUUUCUGACCAACGAUGUCUCUUUCACCAAGUCUUUGAGUAAAGCCUUGCCAGACAGGGUCUUCAGACAAAUCUCGUUAGGCGACUGCUCGCCCGAAGUGGCUAAGCGCUAUGUCAUUCAGCACUUGGACUUCGAUGCUGACCCUAGUCAAGUCACUGGCGACAAAGGUUCCGAAGGAGAGGAUGUCAAACAUCUGACUCCUUCGCAGAAACGCGAGGAUCUGCGCGAACUGGACUCUGUCAUCGGCCAGCUAGGUGGCCGUCUCACCGAUCUUGAAUUCUUCGCCAGGCGUAUCAAGGCUGGUGAGACACCAACACGAGCUGUCAAAGAGAUCGUCGAUCAGUCUGCGUCGGAGAUCCUCAAGAUGUACUUACUACUUGGCAGUGACAGCAGAGAAUGGACUUCGGCACAAGCGUGGACUCUUGUCCGCGAACUAGCCGACAAGGAGGGCCUACGCUACAAUGAGGUUCUGCUUGCCGACCCGUUCAAAUCUGGCGGCGAGAAGGCCAUUGCAGCUUUGGAGCAGGCAGAGCUGAUUACCGUGCAAUCGAGCAACGGUCGACCUUACAAAAUCAUGCCCGGAAAGCCAGUCUACCAGCCUGCUUUCCAGAACCUCGUGUCGGAUAAUGUCCUACGAGCGAAACUGGAACUGGCAUUACUCAGCGACGCCAUCGCUAGCGAGAACAAGUCGAUCGACAAGUACGAGCAAGAAUUACGUCUACUUUCUGAGCUACCCAAGCAGCCGCCAGAAUUGUACGACCGCAUGAAGUGGUUGUUGGGCAAUGUUGCGAAGAGCCAGAAGAGCAUUGAGAGUUUGGAGAAGGAGAGCGCAGCGCUGAAGAAGAUCUUGCAGUCGGAAUUUUGAGGCAAUCGUAAUGAGGGAGACGAGUGAAAUCAUGACCAGGCUAACAUUCGGCAGAAAAUUGGAUGCAACUGUACAAAUUUAGGAAGAUACCACUCAGCAUUGACAGGAUUGAAGAACCACCACCGAUCGAUUGCGCAUUGUGAAGAGAACGUUACAUGUGGAGAAGUAUACCCAUGUUGGUUAUGCUGUCAUUGCCAAGCCA